CCACUCGUUGGCGCUCAAUCAACAAUCGCCACACACACACACACACAUCCACCAGACAACGCACUGCCGAUAUAAAAAUGUUUGGUGUUAUGAGGAAAUGCUCAGUUACUCACGGAUUUUCGGCAUGCGAUGAACAAGAAAUCAUUACUAAUGUUAAACUAAAAGCAAACAUAUAUAUGAAAAUUCAACAAAAUAAUAUAACUGAGUGUUUGCAAUAAUUUGGCAGCAAAAUAAAUAAAUUUAUAAAAAAAAAAUAAUUUUGUUAGAAAAAACGAUUUUCUUGCGCGCGGUAAACUUGAAAAGAAAUCAACAAAAAAAUCCACUUUCAAGAAGUCACGCCGGUCAAUGCUUAACAAACGCAUACAGUAAAAAAGUAAUAAAAUAAAAAUAUUUUAUGAAAUAUUUCCUUUAGUGCGCGCAGACGAGACAUGACAGCAGACAAAAAGCGAAAGCUUGAAUAAUGAACGACCAGACAAUUCUCGCAAAUCCCACAACUCAUAAAUAAGUCACAUAAAAAUACUGCAGUGCGUUGUUUAACGACAUAUUUAUUGGUUAAGAAUAUAAGUGAUCAGUUUAAUGAAUAACGGAAUUUAUUCCCGCAACACCAGAAACGUGCAAAAUUGAACCAAAAAUUAACCUGUUUCGAAAAUAAUUUUCAACUGAAGCGUAUGUGAUUAUUUCUGCCGCAAGAUUGUUGAAAAUUAUGGCAACUGUUUGAUAAACGCCACACCAUUUGGUAAUCAACAUAACCGCAAACAACCGUCCCCAACGCAUGCACACACAGCUAAUGACUGCAAAUUAACAGCAGCAACAACAACGGUGACGUCACAACCGCAAACGCAACAAUAUCAACAACAACCGCUGCACAAAACACACAAACAAAUGACGGCGAAACGUAAAAAUUCCAAUUCGAAUGAGAUCAACAACACUGCAACGAGCGAAGCGCCACCUGCCAAUACAACGACGAAUACGACGACAACAACAGUGACGUCAGCGGCGAACGCUAGAGCAAACAGCGGCACGAUCGCCGCCAAUAAUGGCCCCUCACCGCUAGCGACAGCGCCAACCGCGCGACGGGAACCACACCUCAGCACGAGUAGCAAUGGUGAGGAUGAGACCGAUGUAAUUGGCGAUUUGGUGGGGCAUUUCGGCAAGUGGCAAUGCCUGAUGACAAUGCUGUUGUCGCUGUUUCAGGUGCCGAAUACAUUUCACAUAUCGUCGUCGGUUUAUCAGGCGAUCAACAAAAACUUCUGGUGCAGCCGACCGCCGCACUUACAACACUUGCCGGUGGAUGUGUGGCGCAAUCUGAGUGAUUCUCAGGACAAUUGCUUUCAGGCGAAUAUUGACUGGAGUCAAGUGGGCAACAACAGCUUGCAGCUGCAGCCAGCAUUGCAACAACUGAUACGCCAACAACAGCAAUCACAAGGCAUUUUACCACACGACGUCUCGGCGGUGUCGGCAUUUCACAGUUAUCUACUCUCACCGCUGGCAGUUGUGCAGAAUGAGACACGCAUACCCUGCACCGCUUGGGAAUACGACGCCAAUGACAAUUUGGGCAACACAUGGACUUCACAGUGGGAUUUGGUGUGCGACAAGGAGUACAUUAAGAAUGUGGCGGAGAUGUUCUUUCUGCUGGGUGUGGCAACAGGUGGCAUACUGUCGGGCUAUUUGUCGGAUAAAUUCGGCCGCAAGAAGAUGCUCUUCGUAUCUGCUGUGCUGCAGACGAUAUUCGGUUUAGUGCUGUACUUCCCAAAAUCUUUGGAAAUGUUUUUGCUGCUUCGCGCCCUACUAGGUUUAGUCUCCGUGUCCGUCACAUAUGCGGGCCUCAUUUUGGCCAUUGAAUAUGUGGAUGGCAAAUGGCGUACCAUAGCCGGCAUGUACAAUUUAUUUCCACUGCCAAUAUCGUACAUGUUGAUCGCCGGCAUCGCCUAUCUGACGCAGGACUAUCAGCGGCUACAACUCUGCAUCGGCCUACCGGGAAUAUUUCUUUGCUUUCUAUGGUUCGUCGUGCCCGAAUCUCCGCGUUGGCUUUUGGUCAAAGGUCGCAUAGCCGAUGUGAAGAGUAUAGUCGAGCGUGCCGCUAAAUUCAAUGGCCGACAAUUACCACCUGACUACGAGUCCAUGCUGAAACCACCACCGCAGGAAGACUCAUCACAAAAUUGCAUCAGCCUCUUCAAUUCGGGCUAUCUGCGCUGUGUGACAAUUUGCUUUCUCUGCAUUUGGUUUACCAUGAAUCUGGUUUACUAUGGACUCAUACUGAAUAUGAGUUCGUUUGGCGGAAAUGUUUACUUGAAUUCGGCUUUAGCUGGCCUAGUCGAAAUCCCCGCCAUCGCCAUCGCCAUGUACAUCAUCACAAAGGUUGGCAAAAAGUGGCUCUUCUGCGCCACAUUCUUCUGCACGAGCAUCGCCUGCUGUUGCGCGGCUAUUACCGAAGGCAAUGAUGACCAGCUCUGGCUGAAGAUUACAUUCCUCAUGAUUGGCAAGUUCACCAUCAGCGCCGGCAACACCAUUAUGCCGGUCUACACCGCCGAGCUCUAUCCGACCGCCAUUCGUAAUGUGGGCGUGGGCGCUUGCAAUGUCGCCGCCGGUGCCGCACUGAUACUCACGCCAUACUUGUCGUUGUUGAAUAAAAUAGAGAUUCAUUUCAUGAUGACACUGCUGACAGCUUUUGCAUUCUUUGGCGGAUUUGUGGUGCUGUUCCUGCCUGAAACUAUAGCUGCUCAAACGAAAAAGGAACCACGAGAGGAGAAAUGUUAGAAUUGUAAAAAUUUAGCUAAGAUACCUUCCAGCAACUGGUGCCACAAAGGCCACAAGCCAAAAAGAGAGGAAAAGAAACAAUUAUUGUCAAAAUACGACGAAUUUAGUAGGCAAAAGAUAUUAGGUAAACUCGCCGCUGACGAUUUUCAAAUGCCAAUUAGCUGUAAAAGGCGACGCAAAACCGAAGAAAUCAUAAAGAAAAAUCACAAAGAAAGCACACAAUUAUUUAAACGCAAAUGUAAAGCAUUAACUGUAUUUUGGCUGGACCAAAAUGUAUGAAAACAAACACACUAACUAAUAGACAGACAGUUGAUUGAAGACUUCCAAUUCAAGCUAAACCUAAGUGCAGCAAGUAUUUGCUUAAGCAUGCUUACAUACAUAUUAAAAAAUAACGGUAAAUAAUUGCAAGCAUAUCAUGUAACGGUAAUGAAAUUGUUGAAAAGUUGUAAUUUAAAAAAUCGUAUGUCAAAGCUCAGAGAAUUAAUGAAAGCUUACAACAAUUCGAUACAAAAGCUUAAGUAAAGCGAAAGUUCCAAAUGUUAAAAUCGCUAAAAUUACUGUUAUGCAUGUAAGUUACCAAACAAACACUUUUAUUAUAAAAAGAAAUAGAAAUAAAUAAAAAAUAUUAAAAUAAAUAGAUUAAUGCACCCAAGUUCCAUAAAAAACUACUAAAUACAGGCAGGACCUUUUGUUGCAAAUUCACAAAGUUUAAGAAAAUUGUUUUUAAUACAAAAUAUUAAGGAAAAAAAUAAUAAAAUAAAAAACUAAACUCACAUAUUUUUAAUUAAACACAAAAAAUAAUAAUAAAACAACAAAGUAGUAUAAAAAUUAAUACGGUAUUAAAGUAUUUCUACUUUAUAUAAAUGUGUGCUUAACUAUGUAUAAAUAUCAUCACCUAAAAUGCAAAAUGACGUAACAUCACUUUUCAUAAAAUUACUGACGAAAUAAACCAAUCAUAUUGAAAUAAAAUUGGAGUUUUGGUUAUAAAAUGGUUAUUUAUGUAUUACUUAAUAAAUCUGACAGCAAUUUUUUUUUUUGAUAAUAUGUAUGUUGUUUUGCAUUUUAGGUGACGAUAUGUAGUAUUAAAUUUCAUAAUUAAGUCAGACGUAAUUAAGUAAUAUUUUUAUGCCGUUAAGAAAGAAAAUAAUUUAUGCCACAAGGCACUAAAAUAAUAUUAUUAAGUGGAAAAAUUAUUUAAGUGUAACAUUAUCAAAAAAAAUUUGGUUGGAAUAUUUUUUUAUUUUUAUAUAUGUAUUAAGGUGAGUCAAAAAAAAUUUCGCUUUUUUGUUUUCUUUUUGUGGCGAAAGGGGUGGAAAAUGCGUUCCGCAUCAUCACUGCUGUCGUCACAGUAACAGUAUGUGUUAUUUAUUAUAAAAUUCAAAAGAACAAAUAAACCACUACCGGUAAUAUCUUUUAAACAGUUAGGUUUACGAAUGAAUUGAAAGAGACCAUUUUAUAUAGCACUCAAUUUCACACAAAAUUUAUGAAACAAGAUUAUUCGCAAGUAGUAGGAAGCGAGAUUUAAAUUUUUCAAUCAAAUAAAAUAUAAAUUUAAUUUUGACCACAUUUAUUUGGACAAAUUAUUUUUAUACAAUUUUAAUAUAAUAAAAAAUAUGUAUUGUUGUAGUAAAAUUAUUAUUAUUAUUUUUAUUAAUUUUAAUUAAAUAUGGGUUAUUUACCAUUAUUUUAUUUUAUUCAGUAGUUUUGACUAAGUGGUUCUCAUUUCUUCCUCUAAUUUUUAUAAAAAAACAUAAUUAAAUUUUGAUUGCAAAGAAAUUGUUCUUAAAUUAUUCAUUUCACUUACAAAAAUUAAUCAUUCAAUUAUAUGUGUCUAUUUAACAUAUUUUUAAUAUUUUUUUUUAUUUUUAUUUACAUAUUUUUGUAUUUCCUAUUUUUUUGAAUUUAAUUUAUAUUUUUGUCUCCCAAAUUAUUAAUAGUUUACUUUCCGCAAAUCAAGGAAUAUCAAUAAAUUUAUAUUUUAUUUAACCACAAUUACAGGAAGUACUAUUGGUGCAAUACUUUCCAACUUUGGACAGUCAAUUAAUUAAAGUAGGAAAUUUUAGUGCCAAAAAAAUAAAAGAAAAAUUAAAAUGAUGGUCAAUUAAAAAAGUUAUGUGCAUAAAAUAACGUUUUUUGGAAUAAAAGAGAGUAAAAAUAUAUAAAAUUAAAAUAUUUUUUCUUUUUCAGCAAUAUUUUUGAAUUUCAUAUAGUUUUAGGAUUUUUUAAACAAAAACAAAACAAAAAAUAAUAUUUUUUUAUUCAUAAAACAUAAUUUUAAUUAUUUGUCUAUUAGUUUUUAAGCAAAAUCUACUAUUUUACUUCCUAAAAUGAUAUGAAAUCAAAUAAUAUUGUUGAUAUAUCAAAAUUGAAAGAAAUUGUUAUAACAAAUGGCACGAUUAAAUAUAAAAGUCAAACAAAUAAAGUAAAAAGUAUUCAAUAUGCAGUCCUUGAAACUAAAACAACACACAGCGAAAAUAUUUAAGCGCAAUGGCGUGGCAUUUAGUAAUAAAUUUCUCCAAAAAGAGUAUUCACAGUGUUUCAACAUUUUCCUUUUUAUGGUUGUUAAAUAUAAAAAUUAUUAUUAAAAAUUAUAUAAUUAAAAAUAUUUAAUUUUAUUUAAUGCCGCUUAGAUUGCUAUAAAAAAAUUUAUUUUUACUUAGCGGCAGAUUUUUUUUGAGAAAAAAUAAAAACAUCCAAAAAAAAUUAUUUAAAUUUAUUGUCAAAAUUUUUAAUAGGUUUUUAUUUAAUUAAUUUUUGAACUUUAUUUCUGUCAUAUAUUUUAUAAAGUUCUAAGAAAAUAGAGAGAAAUAAUAAAAUUUCAACGAGCACGUGAAUACCACCUUUUCAAUUUCCACUUAAAAUAUGGAAUUUUACUAUAAAUAGUUAUUUAUUAUAGUACUAUAUAUAUGUGUGUGUACCUAAAUGUUUGUAUGUAUUUCUAUAUGCUACUUCCACACUAACUGAAAAUUUCCUAAAGAAAAAGUAUAUAAAAAAUUGUUAUAAAUAAAAAUAAAUAAAUAAUUAUAAUAAAAAAAUAUUAAAAAUAAAAAAAACUAUAUGUUCAUUUAUAAUUACAACAAUGACAACAAUGUAUUUAUGUAUUUUGUAGAUAAGUAGUUUUAAUACAAACAUACAUAUAUUAUCACUCAGUGAUGAAGCAUAUCACACAGUCAAUUGGCCACAAAGUAUCUUGUAAUAAACAUAAUGAGCAUAUUCAAAUUAAAUUAUAAUUAAUUAUUUUUUUUAUAUAUAAUUUGAAAUAUAUGUAAAAAAAACUAAAUAUUAAAUAGUAUAUUUAUAUUAAUAUAAAUUAUCAUUUUCUUAUAUUUAUUUUAUACAUAUUUUCAAAAAUAAAAUUUCUUAAGAUAUGUGCUGUAUUUUUAUUUAAAGGUAUUUUAUAUAAAAAGUUGUUUCUUUCGUUUGUUUUGUGAAAAAAUUAAAAUACCAAAUUUUAACUUACUGAAUUGUACAUAACUUUUAACAUUUUUAUUGAAAAUAAUUUAUUUUAGCUCUGCUUUUAUAUAAACCUUUCAUCUUGUUGCCAAAUAAUUAAUAAUUUAGGCACGUAGUGGUCGCGAAGUACUUAUGUUUUAUAUUCAUUAUAUAAAUUUUAUGAAAAAUUACAAACAAAAAUUCGUAGUUAGCAAACGAAACAGCAAAAUGUUUAUAAAUAUGGCAACUCAUUAGAAAAUAUCAUUGUGAAAAUGUUUUUAAUUCUGACUCCACAAAUAAGCAUGCAUUCAUAUAUUUACAUAUAUGUACGUAUGUAUUAACAGUUACAUAUGUAAAUAUACAUACUUUUAACCAACUUAAUUAUUAGUAAUGCAAUUAUUAUUUUUAUGUACUUAUUAAAGUAACGGUUAAGUUUGUGAUUGUGUAACGAUUUCAUAUAUUUUUUAUACAUAUUUCUUAAAACAUACAUUAGAGCUGUAGCAACAGCGUCAAUUAUAUGUAAAAUGCAUAAAAAAGAGUAAUAACUUGUGUCAAAUUAGUAAAUAGCAAUUAUUAAGUACAUAUGUAUGCAUGUGUAUAAUAUUAGUGAAGUAAUUAUGUGAGUAAAAUAAAAAAUCCAGUUAUUUAUUUCUCUGUUGUAUAUUUAUCAUGAUAAGGCCAAAAGUAAUAUGAAAUAAAACAAAUAAAGUAAAAUAAAUUAUUAAGUGAAAUGUUGAAACAAAUUUA